CGGUAGUGCAUUUUAUCUGAAAAAACACUACCGGAAGUGUGUUUCCGGCAGUAUAUUUUGACUAAUUUGAGCAUAUAGGGGGAGGAUUGAGAAACUGUCUUAGUUUUAAGGUUUGGCAUAGUAGAAUUUUUUAGGAUUUAGCAUAUGGGCUUUUUAAAAAGUCCAAUGAUGGGCCUAAGUCUCAUUCAUGAAGAAUUGUUUCUCUCUUUGGGUCUUUCCUUCAGUGACAACUUUUUCUUUCUAUGUUAAUUAUGAAAAUAUUAGAAUAAUGGCCAUCUCGCUUCAUGCUGUACAAUAUUGCAGUUUUGAGAUUGGCCGCUCUGCGCCGCUAUCCAGGAUUACGACAUAAGUCUCUCUCGGGACAAGAUCCUCUCCUGCUAUUGUACGUUAGUUGGUAAAAUAAGAGAAUUGGGAUUCAUUUAGGAAUACCCAUGAGUCCAUGAUUUUAAUUUAUUGUAUAGGGGAACCAACCCUAAUUGCCUUUUAGAAGUGAAACUUGGAAGGAGGACCAAACAUUUUCACAAUGAGUACUGUCGGAUACAGGUCAGAAGAUGAAUGCUCUGUCAUAGGGGAAAAGGCUGAAAUCGGAUUUCUAGAUUUCGAGGAAGAGAGAUCUGUUUGCAGUUAUGUUGCUGAUGACGGGGCUCCAGUAAUCGUAUCUGUCCCGUUUGCUUUUAAGAAUGGGAAGCCUCAAUCAGUAUCUGUUGGAGAUACUGCCGCGGAGUUAAUAACCAUUAAUAAUACUACUGAGGAACCAGUGGACCUGUGGAGUGUUCAUAUUUUUGCCUCAAAUCCUCCGGACUCUUUCACUCUUUCUCUCACGGAGCCUCCCCCGGCAAACUCAAAUGCAGAGAGCUUUAUAGAAUCUUUCAGAGUGGAGGACAGGAUGCUUCAGCCUGGUGAGAUCUUGAAGAUAUGGCUGUCUUGCAAGACCAAAGACAUGGGCAUGUACUCAUCUGUUGUGUAUUUUGACGUUGGAGAUGAGAAAAUUGAAAGGGUGGUUUUCCUCUUGGUUGAAGACAAGAUCUCAAAAUCUCUGGCUUCUAACAGACCUUACUCAAGAACAAGGAAGAAAGACAAAUUUGUUGUAGACAAUUUUGUUCCCGGCUCACGCCCUCUAGCGAAGUCAAAUCGAAAAUACGUAAAUAGGCUUCCUAGAUAUGAGGUUCCCAAGGAUAUUAGGCUCUUGCUUGAGGGCAAUCAGGUCCCUCAAGUCGUUGAAGAUGGCCUUACAAGAAGGAGUUAUGCGUCUUAUUUCAAAACACUAAUAAUAAUGGAAGAGAUACAAUUAGAGGAUGAUAUGAGCACUUAUGACAUGGAAUGCAUAACUAUGAGAAGGAGAGGAAACAAUUUUUUGUCCUUGGAGGUGCCUGGGCUUGCUGAGAGAAGGCCAUCACUGGUGCAUGGGGAUUCUAUCUUCGCCAGGCUGGCUUCUGAACAAGAUGAAGGUGCUACACGUGUAUAUCAGGGAUUUGUUCACCGGGUUGAAGCUGAUGAGGUCUAUUUGAAGUUUGAUCAUGAAUUUCACCUUUACCAUAGAGAUGAAGAUCUCUAUAAUGUUUACUUCACGUAUAAUAGGAUCAAUAUGAGAAGGCUAUAUCAAGCUGUUGAGGCAGCAGAAAACUUGGGUGCUGAGUUUCUUUUUCCAUCUACUUCAUCCAAAAGAAGGUCCAUUAAAACCAAUGAUCUGGUUCCCAUUUCUGGUUCUUUAAAUGAGGAGCAAAUGUGUUCGAUCAAAAUGAUUCUGGGUUGCAGAGGCGCACCACCUUAUGUGAUUCAUGGGCCUCCAGGUACAGGCAAGACUAGGACAAUAGUGGAAGCAAUCCUCCAGCUCUACCAACAUCAUAAGAAUACUCGUAUUCUUGUCUGUGCCCCCUCAAACAGUGCAGCAGACCACAUACUGGAGAAACUCCUUGCUGAGAAGGAUAUUGAAUUUCGAGAAAAUGAAGUAUUUAGGCUCAAUGCCACUGCCAGGCCAUAUGAAGAUGUAAAACCUGAAUUUCUUCGCUUCUGCUUCUUUGAUGAGAUGAUAUUUAAGUGUCCCCCGGUCAAUGCCCUCAAUCAUUAUAGGAUUGUGGUAUCCACAUAUAUGAGUGCCUCUCUUCUUUUUGCUGAAGAUGUUGCCCGCGGUCACUUCUCUCAUAUUUUCUUGGAUGAGGCCGGCCAAGCUUCAGAACCCGAAACCAUGAUCCCUAUAGCCCAUCUCUGCAGAAGGGACACUGUUGUUGUUCUGGCUGGAGACCCCUUGCAGUUGGGCCCAGUAAUAUUUUCCAAGAAAGCAGACGAGUACAAAUUGGGGGUAUCUUUCCUGGAACGAUUGUUUAAAUGUGAGUUAUAUGGCAGUGGAGAUGUUAAUUAUAUAACGAAACUGGUUAGAAACUACCGAUGUCACCCAGAGAUUCUAUACCUCCCUUCAAAGCUGUUCUAUUUUGGGGAAUUGAUGGCAUGUAGAGAUCCCUCAACUUUCAUGGUGACUGCAGAAUUUCUCCCUAAUAAGGAGUUCCCUGUUCUUUUCUUUGGUAUCCAAGGAUGCGAUGAAAGAGAAGGAAAUAACCCAUCAUGGUUCAACCGAAUCGAAGUAAGCAAGGUUGUAGAAACUGUUGGGAAGCUGAUAAAUGGUGGUAAAAUAAGAGAGGAAGACAUUGGCAUUAUAACACCAUAUAGACAACAAGUGUUGAAAAUAAAACAGACACUUGAAAAUCUAGAAAUGCCUGAUGUCAAAGUUGGUAGCGUUGAGCAGUUUCAAGGACAAGAAAAGGAGGUCAUUAUUGUAUCAACUGUUCGAUCAACGAUCAAACAUAAUGAGUUUGACAGAAUCCACUGUCUUGGGUUUUUGAGCAAUCAUAGGAGGUUUAAUGUGGCUAUUACCCGUGCUAUAUCAUUGCUGGUUAUAAUUGGGAACCCCCAUAUUAUAUGCAAGGAUGAUCAUUGGAGCCAAAUGCUGUGGCACUGUGUGGACCAUUCAUCCUAUCUGGGUUGUUCUCUUCCAGAAAGGAUAGAACAUUACGAUGAGGGCGUUGGAGAGAACUCUGGCUUUGGCUACGAUGAAGGUAACACAUGGCCCUCAAACAAUAUAGAAGGUGGCCAAGAUUCCUACCAGUCAAAGUUCCCUAAACCUGGCACGGAUGAAACUGGAUGGUCUGAUGGCUGGAACACAUUUCCCUCAAACAAUGUAGAAUCUGGUCAUGAUGGCUGGAACACAUUGCCCUCUAACAAUGGAGAAUCUGGUCAAUAUGACUGGAACAUAUUGCCCUCUAACAAUGUAGAAGCUGGUCAAGAUUCCUUCCAGUCAGACCUCCCUAAACCUGUCACUGAUGAAGCUGAAUGGUCUGAUGGUUGGAAGUAGUCCAUACUUGGGCUCGACAUUCAUGUUUUUUUCUUCUUCUUUCUUGGCAAUUAGUUUAUGCCGACUUAAACAUCAUGCAAUUGGAAUGAAGCGGGGGGAAAAAGACCUAUCCAUAUUUAUAUCCUCUAUGCCGCAAAGUUAAUUAGGAUGGUGAAUCGAGAAAAAGAAAAGUGGGGGAAGUUUUUAUUAUUUUUUUGAAAAUUGAUCUGAUACCUACAUUGAAUCUGGAGGAAUUGAUUAAUUAUUAAUUAGUUAAACUUGUGACUUGAUUAGUUGUUGCGGUUAACCAGUUUUCUAUAGUCUAUAUAACUUAUGUUACUAUUGGAAGGAACAGAUGGUACAUACAACUUUUUCCAUGCAGCAUAAAAUAAAAA